AUGUUCCCCGUGGCUUCACUCGCUCCAAUGGUUCCGAUGGUUCCAAUGUCGCGGAGCAGUGGGAUUCCUAUGCCCGUGGCGAAGCAAGACGGUGCACCUGCCAAACGUAAGAGGGCGAGCAAACCGAAAGUUCGAACGGGAUGCAUUACCUGGAUUAGGCGAAUAAAAUGCGGAGAGGAGCGACCAGCUUGCCUGCGUUGUACAUCAACCGGACGGAGCUGUGAUGGAUAUGGCAAAACCGUGCCGGCUCGCCCAAAGGAAGCGGAUAGUGUGCGCUCCGGAGCUUUGAUUGUUCACGAGCUUGACAUGCAGGCUUGGUCCGACCACCAGGAUCUGCGCAUCCUACGGCCUCUUGUCGCCGACAUAAACGGAACCCAAGCCGAGCGCCUUUAUUUCCAUAGUUUCCGUCGCGUCGCAGAGGCGGGGCUCUGCAACCACGUCACCAAUCUCACUAAUUUUUGGAGUAGGCUGGCUCCCCAGCUGAGUCACUCUGAUGAAGCUGUAAAGCAUGCCAUCGUUGCUCUCGGCUCCGCAUUCCACAUUUACCAGUCCGCCCUCCCUCAAGGCAAAUUGGGGGCAUCAACACCUGAACUCGAAAUCUUCACCAUUCAGCAAUACAGCACAGCUAUGUCCAAGCUCUCUAGCUACGCAAACGUGCCGAUGAAGGAUAAAAUCACCGUAACUCUCCUCUGCUGUGUGUCUUUCGUCUGCAUUGAGACUUUGCGGAACAACUGGCGUCCAGCAUUGACCCACUUGUCGAAUGGUCUUCGCAUCAUUGAGAGUUUACCUAUGAGUACGCUGAACGAGCUUCGAAACUCUCGUCCAGCUCAUGAGCAACCAAAUGUUGGUGAUGACAGCCUCUUUGGUAUAGAUUACAUUCUUCGUCUUUUCGCCACAUGGGAAGUUUCCUGUGCGUUAUUCGCUGAGAAUUUCAAGCCUGUCAUCUCAAUCAAGCUCUACGAAGGACGAGAGCUGGACGAUAAGCCGCUAGAUGAGUUUGAAACUAUUACACAGGCUCAUCGAACUAUCGUUCAGUAUACUCGCGACGUGUUUGCUCUGGUCUGGAUGACUCGAGAACAUCAAGGCGAUGAUGAGUUCUGGUGCCGACCCAUCCCUCGACGCCAGCACGAGAUCUUGACGCGGAAGGGCGAGGACAUGGUUGGUCUCUUUGAGCGAUUCAUGGAAAAACCACAAGCUCCCCCAAAUGGCACUGUUGAGCACUAUUCUGUGUGUCUGGACACGCUACAUUACAAAUGUGCUCGUCUCCUCUGCGAAAACCUACGACAGAAACCGCACCAGAUAUCACAGUCGCCGGAAAUAGUAGCUCGCUACGCGGAGCUGGUAUCUCUAGCUACGACCCUGCAUCAAUGGCUUGCUGCCAAGCGGAAAGAGACGGCCAUACUACGCCGAUCUUUUACACUGGACAUUGGCAUUAUUCCUCCACUCUACUUCAUCAUAGUCAGUUGUCAUGAUCCCAUGGUGCAGGAAAGUGCCCUUCAGCUUCUUCAAGAAUACCCUCAGCGAGAGAAUCUUUGGGAUGGAAAUUCCGUACGGAAACUCUUAGUCAAGGCCGAAAAUCUUGGCCAUGGCUCUGCACACCCUUUGAAUCAGGUGCCGAACUCACUUGCUUUCGGCAAGGGGAUACCUGCCCUCUAUGAGAAGUUCCAAGAAUUACAAAUCAAACUCGAAGGGGACUGA